UACUGCGCAUGACAGAUGGAUUAUACUCGGAUUUAGAUGCUGGCACCAGCUAAAUUCGGCCAGAUACUGUUGUCAUAAGCUGUUCAGUAAGUCUUCUCUUGCAUUAAACGAAGCAUAAUGAAAAUGAUCGUGACUUGGCUAUUCCCUUUUUUGUACGUCAUCUUUCUGAUAAGUACAGAUGGCGCUCCAGUAGAAAAAACUACGACGACAUUAAAUAUGGAAGAUUUGACAACAAUAGCUUCCGCAACGUUGGAAGGUGGAAUUCGUUCCACGAACGAAUCAGCAGGGGAUAACCCCAAUGUACAUGAACCGAUCCUAGAUGUCAAAUCGCUGGAUGAUGAUUCGACCACACCUAAUAUUGACCAACUAGAGAAAACGGGCUCAGAACGAUCGGAAGAUGCCCUUAUUGGCAGCAUGGCUACAAACAAUGGUUCAGAAGAUAAAAUAACUAGAAAGACUGAAACUAUUGUUGAACCUCGAAAAAAAUCGGACCCUGUGAAAGAAUCUGAUGAAAAUGUUACUGUUACCGAAAGUAAGGAAGAUGCUCACGCUGAAGACCAAAAAUUGAUUUUGGAAGAUGCUGAAGGAGACUUUCAAUCGGCUUUGAAUAAGAAAUCCAACUUUACAUCACCUCCAAUUCAAGAUUCAGACAAUUCAACAAGUCCAGUUCGGGAUUUAGUGGCUACAAAGAUCCCAGACCAGCCCCUAAAAUAUGGCACGACGAAAUUACCAGAUAAUCGUCAAUAUGAAAAACAUGAUGAGUCAAAUAUGAAAAGCAAACCAAAAACAACGAGUAUUCCUUCAAUAGAAACCUUGGAAAAUGUACCAAAGACCGAAAACGAAGAUCUGUCCAUGGUUGCUGACAAUGGGAUGGAAAAUGAAAAUGGAACAACUCAAUCCAAGGAUAUUACCGCCAAUAUUUGGAAAUUAGAUGAACAUUGGACUGAAAGUACACAUGUUGCUGAUGUAUCAAAUAUGAUGAAAGAUGAAGCGAAAAAAAACAAAAAAACUGACAACUCAGCUACCGAAAUGAAUGUUCCGGGUUCGAAAGACGAUCCUUCUGACGUAAUUGGUGAAGAGGAUAACACUCCUGAGAAGGCUAGUGACGAAGGCACUUCGUACCAUGCAGAUAGCUCAUCUGCUAAUGAAGAAGACACAUUUGAGUCUAAAGCCACCUCAUUUGAAAUGACUCAUAAGAAGAAUAGCUCAGACCCUGAAGAUGAUUCAUUUGACGAACCUAGUAAGCAUAACUGGUCUGAGCCUGAAGAUAAUUCAUCUGAUGUGACUUCUCAGGAGGAGAACUCGGAGCUUGAGGGCAAUCCACACGAUUUGAUGAGAGAAAAAGAUUCAGACAUAACUAACACAGAAUCGCAGAAAGUCGAAGCCAAUGAAGAAGAACAAAACACUACAUCGGCUUGAAUAACGAAGUUUCCAUAGCAACAAACACGUCAACUGAACAUUAUUAUAUGAUAUUUGAUAGAUUAUACACAGAGGUGUGUCUUAGCACGAACGUUGACUACCUGUAUAGCGAUUAACGUAUAUAUUUUUAGUUCUAUCACAUCUAAUCUUCUAUUGUGAGAAACAAAAGGUUAUAUAUCAACUUUUGUUUAUAAUUAUAUUUUCACAGAGAAAAACAAAGGUUAUGUAAGCUUAACCAUUUUAAUGAAACGUAAUCCGUCCUCUUCAUUGUAUAUAAACAGUAGCAAAGUUUUGCACCUAUUUCGUGACGGAGAAAACGUUUAUUAAAUAUUUAUGGUUUUAAAUUUACAAGUAAUAAUAUUCGUUAACAUCUCCGUCCUGUUUUCCACAUUCUCCCGUCCUGUUCUACUACAGAGCUUGUUUGUAAAUCUAUAUACUUAUUGUAUUUUGUUUAAUGGUGACGGUAUUGUAAACAUUUACUGUGCGAAGUGUCAAAAUUUCAGAGUUUCUGGUAAUAAGUUAUAUUUUAAAACCUCCCCUUGAAUAUUCUAUUAAAACUCUUAAAGAAACCAUUAUUUUCUAUUGUGAAUAUUUUUUUUUUCGUUAAUGGAAAACAUUUCGUCUGCAUAAAUAUUCGAACGUUUUAGUAAAAUCUUGUUCCGAUAGAGGGCGCUAAUCGUAUUAUACAAAAGUUUCGUGUUCAUAACUGUAAAGUGUUUAAUCGAAAUUAUAAAUAAAUAAAUAUAUAUAUAUAUCCAGAAUAUGCAUGAAUAUAUAUAUAUAUAAUUUCCGAAAAAAAACAACAUUAUCAUAUGUUUUAGAAAGUAACUUGUGUUUGAAGUCAUUUAUUAUAAAAUAAUUAUCAUUGUCUAUUUUGGACAGAAAUAUUUCUAUUCGGAUUAUAUCUAUGACACCAGGUGAAGAUUGUAACACUUAUGAACGAGAACUGUUGUUAGGCUUAAAUAAAUCAGUGGAAAACCUAUUCACAAUAAUUCAUUUAACUUUUCUGAAAUUUUACAAUAACUACAACAAUAAAUAUUUAAAACAAUUUUUUUCCACUAAAGCUUUGUACGAAUUUUGUUACUGUAAUACUUUUGUUUCAAUGUUCGUAUCUAUGACGAAGGAUCUUUGAUGAUAUUCUGAAAUCAUCGUGUUACCAAUAAAACUUCUCAAGUUAUUUUAUUAGGCACGUAAUGAGAACUACAUUUUGGUGCGGACUUUAUUAACUAUUCAGUGUAGCACAUGUUAGUUUGUGAACUUCACAACUAGACAAGUAAACCCGAUUUGUAUAUUCAUCGUAGUUUAAUAAAGUUACAUUCCGAAAUCUA